AUGUCUCGCCGCGUGCGGCGCGAGGCUGAGUUGCUCGCCGCGCAGCGGACGCAGCAGGAGGAGUCGGAGAAGACGCGCAAUGACGUCGUGUCCGCCAUCAAGUUGGCGGAGAAGCUCGGGGCGCGAGCAGGUGAGCAAGAGGGGAAGAUCGCCGCGCAGGCCGCCGAGCUCGAGGCGCUCCGGCGCGAGAAGGUCGAGCAGGAGCGCCUCAUCCGCUCGCUCUCGCAGCCAGCGCCAAAGCCGACCUCACCCCGCCGGCCGGAGGCCUUCCCCCCGACGCCGCCGUCGGGCACGCCGCCAAAGCCGCCGCCGCACGCGGCGGCGACGCCAUCCAGCGAGAAGCGCGGGACCGUCUCGUCGAAGGUUCUCAGGUCGGUCUCGCGCCUCUUUCAGGGCGCGGGCUCCACGCCUCGCGGCUCUGCCGAGCGGCGCGCUGCAGUCGGCAACACCGGCCCCCCACGCGAGACAAAGGCGUCGGCGCGCCGGGCCGCGACCGCGUCGCAGUUGCCGAACGGCACCGCCCCGUCCGUUUCGAGGCUGCCGCAGCCCCCCAAGCGGACGACGCAGCCGAGCAAGCCCUUCGUCGCCCCGCCGAAGCUUGGCGGAGGGCUGCCGGCAAACGGGCGGCUCUCGUGCGCCCUCCAGGGCGACAGAUCCAGGCUGCCGAGGCCUAGUCUCGGCGGCUCCGUGCGCUGCGGAGAGGUUGCGACGGCCGGCUCGAUGGCGGCACCGCCGCCGCGGCUCCCUUGCCCUGCAGGCAACGAGAACACGCCGCCAUCGCGGGCAGAGCAGCAUGUGUGA